CGACAGCUCCCUUUUGCUGUUCAGCGGGCCAGUCCGCGCCACAACGGCACUCGUGCGACACCACACUCGGGCAAAGCCGAUUUUUGGGGAGAAAUAAGGCGCACAAAGAAACAGCUUAGCCCGGCAUGGUGAGGGACAGGGACGGCGACGGGUUGGGCGCCAACCAAUCAAAAAAGCCACCCGCGGCCAUCGUCGACUUCGCCGACCAACCACAGCAGCAGCCUCCGCAACAGUAUCAUCGGGCGAAAAGCCAGAAGCACGUCGUCGGAGGUGCCACAGGAGGCCGAAUGCACGCCCGAAUCCCCUCCACAAAAGGCCUCCAGAAACACCAUGCCGCGGCAUCAACAGCAAAGCUGACUCGCAAACACGGUUCGCUGUCCCCCGAUCGAGGAGGCGGCGCUGCUCUCGCAUCCCAUCACCACCGUCGAGCGACCUCGGAGCUGAAGCUGACGCGCGACCCGUCGGCCACCAACCUCAAAAAGAACACCUCGCAUACGAACCUGAGACGCAAUCGGUCCCAGGCCGAGGUUGGAAAGAGGACCAAGUCGUCCAACAACCUCCAGCGAUCCGUGUCCAAUCCGGCAGUAAAUAAGCUGAGGCAUACGGGCGGCUCCAGGGUGCAGUUCAACCUGGGAGACGAGGACCAGAACGGCGGCGGCGACGGCGACGACGACGACGACGACGAGUGGGUGGAUGCUAGCACAUCUGCCUCGCCUUUGCUCUCCCGCCGUGGCUCUGCCGUGAGCUCUGCACACACGCCCAACCCCCCCGCCGCGAACGAGGGAGGCUCACAGGGAGGCUCGCCGACACCACACGCCGAGGUCGAGCGCACACUGAGCACCGGGACGCAGAACGGCUCCACAAACGGCGCACAGCACGGUGCACAACACGGAACCAACAGCCACUCGCGUGACAAGUCGAGCCACAAUCAGUACCUCACAUCCCGAAUCUUGUCAAGAACUCCUUCGCACGGCGCUCCACCCAUGAUGUCGACCGAAACCGUCUCGGCCCGGCCAUCCUCCAUACGGCAGCCGUCCCCUCCAGACUCGGGCACGGAUCCGAGCCAAUAUCUUUCCAGCACUCCCGGUACCGCCGCCCAAGCCCGGCCGGGAAGCAGCGGCAAGGCAGAGCUCACCUCGCGGUUUGUGGGGCACAACAGCCAGGAGCCUGGGUCAGGGCUGGCUGGCGAAUCCUUCAUCUUGGCUGCGAACAGGGGCGGGCUGUCUCGCGCCGCACUAAGCGGCAAGGAUGAGAUUAGCGUACCCAAGCGGCGGCAGUCGAUAGGAGCCCUGUCGCAAUCCCGAGGCAUCGACGCAUUGAACGCUAGGCGUGCCGCAGGCGCAGACAAUGGCAGCGACGGUGAGGAUGAUGAGGAGCGCAUCACUCGGGCCUCUCGCGCGCGGCGGAGCGGCGAGUACAUCGUGCCUCGCGAUAUGAACAGGACGCAGCAGAAGCUGAACCUCCAGCGCGCGAGCUCCAGCCUCGAGCCCGCCCACCCCCAUCCCGGGAUAGGCAUAGGACCGCCAGGUGUCGCCGCUGGCGCGGGGCCCCUCCUAGGGGUGCCCACCACAUACGACUCCCGAGACCCGCGAAUCAACAAGAUGCUGGAGCGGACGGGCAUGGAAUACUUGACGGUGCGCCGCCACCUCAACCCCGUCGCCCGGUCUAUCUCCCGCGUGAUGCAGCUUCCCGGGCUCGAGAAUAGCCGCCGGAUCCCGCGCCCUGGCACGACUUCAUCCAGCCACGGUCCACGCGUCUCGGAACAGUUCAACCCGCAAGAACAACCGCAACGGGAACGCGAACAACCCAUCACCAGCACCUCCAGCAUGGCCGACCUGAUUCACGGUGGCGGGGCCAGCGCAAGACGGCCCCCAACACCGCGGAGCGGCGGCGGCGGCGCGUACUCGGCGCUGCAGAGCGCCAGCUCGAGCCUGGGCACCGACGACGGGUCCGGCCGGUUACACGAUCGGCAUAGUCCAGGCCAGGGCCCCAACGGGCACAACGGCCAAGCCCACAGGCUGAGCGGAUCGAGUCUCAUUGAUGGGACCGAAGACGCCGGCACGGUGGCGUUGUUGCGCAUGAUGUGGGAUAAGAUCACGGAUCUGAGCAGCAGCCAGGAAUAGAAUGUAGAAUUGCCGCCGGAAGUUGCGCGUGGCGCGCAGCGUAGGGCCUCCCCGAGGGGAUCAGUGACGGCUCUGCUUUGCCUCGGGCCCCGGCGAGGUUGUUCGCGGAUCAAUGACG